UUCCCCGACCGGCGAGGCGCGGCUACGCAGCUGGAUCAGAUGAUUUCGUUCUGACGUGGGGCGUGGCAGGAAAUAAGGAAGCGGACGCUUGGUACUGGCUUCCGAGCUAGAGCGGAAUCUUUGACGGUUGGAGCCGACUAGGGGGGGAAUGGCUGAUGAGGAAGAGGAUCCGACUUUUGAAGAAGAUAAUGAAGAUGCAGGAGGAGGAGUAGAUGGUGGACAGGGUAAAAGGAAAAGACUUUUCUCUAAAGAAUUAAGGUGUAUGAUGUAUGGCUUUGGUGAUGACCAGAAUCCUUACACUGAGUCAGUGGAUAUUCUUGAGGACCUUGUCAUAGAAUUCAUCACUGAAAUGACUCACAAAGCAAUGUCUAUUGGAAGACAAGGUCGAGUGCAGGUAGAAGAUAUUGUCUUCUUGAUUCGAAAGGACCCAAGGAAGUUUGCCAGAGUUAAGGACUUGCUUACUAUGAAUGAAGAACUGAAACGGGCUAGAAAAGCAUUUGAUGAAGCAAACUAUGGAUCCUGACAUCUUUUAUGUUCUCCAAAGUUCCAGUAUCUUCUAGGACUAGUGUAUGUGUACUUGAACUGUGUAUUUUCCACCUUGCCAAAAAUGAAAGGUCCUGACAUAAUUGAAGUACUUCAUACAGUUAGCUAAUUAUUACCUGCAUCCAAUUGACCCUAUAAAUGGGAAAUGGAGCAACACUGCGUUGCCGCCUUUACUUUGACUUAAUGGAUUCUAAAAGUGACAUUUUGGUAUUGAAUCGCCUGCCUCUCUUUGUUAUAAUUAAAAUUGCUCAUUGGUUUUAAUGACAAGCUAAAAUACCCUGCAAACCAUGCAGAUCAUCCUGUCUUUUUGAGGUGAUAAAGACAAUUUAAACUAAGUAGUCUUUAUGUUCUGGUCUCCUUUUUGUCACUGAAGUUUUAUGUUAUAGCAGUUCAGUAUGUGAAAUCUAAAUAGCCUUUUUGGUUCUGCAAUUCAGAAAACAAAUUUCCUGACUACUUUCAACCUCUCAGACAGUUUUAUGGAUUGCUACUGGAAACUUGUGCAUGCUCUGUGUUGGGUUAUAUUCUUAAAAUUUUGUCAGUUUCUCUUACAGAAAAAGGAAAGUUUCAUAUUCUUUUGCAUAAAGAUUUGAUUCUUUUGCAUAAGAUUAGAUUUCUUAAAAGAAAUCAUUUGUAUUCAUGUCUUUCACUGGAUAUCAAAAGUAGUUUUUUUCUUGAUGAGAGUUGCUGUUCCCUUUCAGAGUUGCACAUGAAAACUCAAGAUAAUUUGAGAUUUUUUUUGUUUCUGAUUAAAAAUUUUUCAGGCCUACUAGACUCAUUGUUUGAGUUUUAGAAGAUCUAAUCUUCAUAAACAGGAUUUAAAUUCUGAGACACUUAAAGGAAUACAAAUGUGGGCAUUCUAAAUUUUAGUAAAAAUGGCAGUACUUUAACAUUUGUUUUAAGAAUUUACUUUAUUCGUUGUGGAACUAUCUGCCAGCAUCUACACACGUGUAGGUGUGCUGUAGUAGCUCAGGAUAUGUAAGUUUUGUGUGUAUUUAACCAUUAUGUAUUAAAUUAUUACUGUAUUUAGUUUAACAUUAGAAUUGAAAAAAACAAUUUAGGGAAUCAUUGAAAAAUCCUUUUUGUGUGAAACUACACUUAUGUGCUGGUUAAUACUUGAGAAAUUCUGCUGUCCUAAUUUUUUAUAUUAGGAAUAAAAAUCAUUUAUGAAAAUUAA